UCCUUAAGGAGAGGAGGUCAGGUGACUGGAGUCUCCUUUCCAGUCGGCUUCUCCGUGUUUUAAUUGGUCUGUUUCUUCGUGUCUACUCUUUUAUUUUCCUGAAACCUGUCUCAUAGUGGUCCUUUCCCGAGUGCCUGUGAUUUCCUCCUCUUUCGUCGCCUAUUUUUAUUCCCGUGAGAGUCAAUAAAGUUCAUGUUGUGGCUGUGUGGCCCACGAAUCUUUCCUAAUUGCUUCAAUGUGGCGCCUUUGGUAUUUGCACAUUUGAUAGUGAGCCUAGCCGUCCGUGAAUUCUUAGAGACGGUGCCAUGUAGGGGAGCGCGCUGGUGUCGGGGGCCGUUCUGGUUAACAUAAGGUUUUUCCGUUUGCUCCCGGGACGUAAGUGGACAUUAAGUAGACAAUAUAUGCACCGACUCUGCUCAUCACCUCUGCAUUUGAGUGGAAGGGUGUUUUAUAAGUAUGAACACAAAAGCAAGCACUUAAGAAUUCGCUGGAUUGACGGCACCUCCUCCAGAGGCCCCGCCCUCCAAGGGGCCCUGCAAGCCGCCCCCUGGUUUCCAGGGCAACCGCCCAACAGAUGCCCGGAGCCUCUGGAAGUAGCUGCUGUCGGUUCCCGGUCCACACUGGCCAGUGUUUCCUAUUAUGGCUUCUGCCGAGAAGACAGAAGAAUAUCCAUUUGCUGAUAUUUUUAAUGAAGAUGAAACCGAGAGAAACUUUUUGUUGUCCAAACCUACUUGCUUUAUUAUAUUUGGAAAACCAGGGUCUGGAAAGACAACAUUAGCCCGUAAUAUAGCACAGGCAUGGAAAUGCAUUCGUGUGGAAGCCUUGUCGGUUUUAGAAGAAAUCAUUGCCACCGAGACUGAAAUGGGAACCACACUGCAGUCAAUGCUGGUGAGUGGUCACAGCAUCCCAGACGAGCUCGUCAUGAAGUUGAUCCUGGAGAAGCUCAAGUCUCCAGAAGUUUCUCACUUUGGUUACAUCAUCACUGAAAUACCAACACUGGCACAGGAUAACAUGACCACUUUGAACCAAGUAGAACUGGUUAAAAAUUUAGACUUGCAACCAGAUGUCAUAAUCAAUAUUAAGUGUGGUGACUAUGAUUUGUGCCAAAGAAUCUCUGGGCAAAGACAGCACAGUUCUACAGGGUACAUAUACUCUAGAGACCAGUGGGACCCUGAGAUCAUCGAGAGUCGCAGGAGAAGGAAGAAGGAGUCUCCCAAAGAUGGAAAAUCUGAAGAGGAAGAAGAGGAGGAAGAACAAGAAGAGGAGGAGGCACUGAUUGCUGAGAUGCAGAUGGUGGCAGAAAUGCUUCAACACCUGGUUCAGAGGCCUGAGGAUUAUUUGGAGAACAUCGAAAAUACUGUGAAACUUUAUAAGGAAGAACUUCUUGAUGCUUUAGAAGAGAUAAUGGCUGAGCAUAAUCCCCAGUACCUCAUUGAGCUUGAUGGGAAUAAGGCACCAGAGGACCUCUUCACGACAGUUAUAGAGCGGCUGAAAUACUUGAAUCUGAGAAGAGCAGCCGUAAUCACCAAGCUGCAGAGCACGGAAGAAGAAAUGAACGACAUCGUGGACACCGAAGAGCUGUUCCGGACACUCGCGGCGUACAAACUCAUCGCCCCGCGGUACAGGUGGUACCGCAGCAAGUGGGGGCGUUCCUGCCCCGUGGCCUUAAAGGACGGGAACAUCUACUCCGGAUCGGCCGAUCUUUCUGUGAGUUUUCUAGGUAAAAUGUACUGCCUUUCUUCUGAAGAAACAUUAAAACUGUUCUCACUGAACCCCCGUCCUUGCCUUCUGCCGCCCAUGCCGCUUCCGCCGUGUAAAAUCUUUGUAUUUGGGCCUCGCAGCUCGGGGAGAACGACGCUGUGCAACUUGGUGGCAGAGCACUUCAAAGGGAAGGUAGUUGACUAUGCUGAAAUUGUUCAGCCACGUUUUGAUGAAGCCCGUGAAAAACUAAUUAAAGACACUAUAAAAGAAGUCACCAACACAGCCAUCAAAAGCGUGAAAGAGAGGCUGCUGAUGGAGCUGAAAUCCAGGAAGCAAGAGGAGAGGACCCUAAAGGAAUUGCAAGCGCAGUAUGCAAAAAAGGAGUAUGAAGACUUCAUGGAUAAUAAAAUGUUUAAAAGCACUGAAGACUUACAGUCUUUGGAUGAUGAAGCGACUGCUCCAAGCUCCCAGAAAUACAGCUCCUUAGACGUUCUCGACGAAGACAAAACCAGGUCUGACUACACCCUUGUGGACGUCGAUAAAGACGUCUCCACAGAAGACUCGAUAGAAGAGGUGAAUGAGACCCAUCCCGAGGUGCUUUUCAUCGUAGAGGACACUCUGAGACAGGCCAAGGAUCUGAACUUUGAGCAGCCCUUUGAGAAACACACUGAGCUACUAGAGGAAGUCAUCAAAGAGGUAACAGAAGAUAACAAGAACAGGUUUCCCGGUGCCCAAAAAUAUGGAGGAUGGAUUGUGGACAACUGCCCUACUAUAAGAGAUCUGUGGACAGUCUUCAUCGAUAAAGGAAUCAUUCCUGAUUUGGUUAUCUCUUUGACAGAUGGAGAAAACAAUGGAAAAUGUUUUUUAAAUAGAAUGUAUUUAAGGAGUAAGUCUGAAAUUGAUGCUAAGAUUUUAGAACGAUUAUUUGAAGAACUUCAAGCCAAAAAAAGGGAAGAGGAGGAAAUACGGUAAUUACGGUUCAUGUGGACUGAAAAACAGGCUACACACUGACCAUGCCCCUGCUUCCAGAGACUUCAUUUUAUUUGUGUGUGUGUGCGUGUGUGUG